AUGCAAUAUACAACAUCUGAGGUCAAUCACCGCGAGAACCUCUGCGAUCUCCCAAAUGCUCCUAUCAUCGAUAUUGGGGAAGUGUAUGAAAAUGUAAUACGGUGGUGGUAUGCGAUACUAGCUCAACAUGAAGAUGGAAAGCCAUUGUCAAACGACCCCGCGGCGACGAAUUUCUCGCCCCCUGGCCCGUGUCUCGCAUAUAAGAUCGGUUCGCCAACUUUUGUAUAUACAACUUUAUCCUCAGACGAAGCAUUUGAUGCUCUGGCCAAGUUUGCGCUAUUGCAUAACCUGGGUAGCCAAUUCCCUAUUGCUCUUAUGACAGCCAUAACGCUCCCGACGCAUCAAUACCAUGGCUCGACUGUCCAACUGCCAUUUCCAAGAACAACGGGUGGUAAACAGCCCACGACUCCAAUGGAUGCCAUUCCAUUGAAUUGGAGCAAACAAAAGACGGGCCUCCUAUCGACGCACUUGGCUUUCCCUGGACCGGCUGUCCUCAAAGCUUCAUGGAUACUGCAGGUUCGGGACCAUACACGCAUGGAGAUCCUGAAUACAUCUCAAGGCCAGACGUAUAGCGCUUACUACACCUUCCUCAAACCGAAGAUGACGAUCUAUUGUUUGGCACUGUGCCCCAAACCCCGUGGGCACCAUGCGGCACACCCCUACCAAAGGAUUGUGCGCUUCGAGUCACUUCACACUUGA